AUGACUUCAAAUAGAGCAGUUAAUAAUGAAUUUCAAAUAACAUCAUAAGGUUCUAGCAGUCGGAUCCCAAAUGGAUAAAAACAAGUCUAAAAGGAUGUUAGUUUGAAUUAAGUCAUAUUUAUAGCAAAUUUUAAAAGGCAUUUGAUUAAUAUUUUGAUACUUAAAGAGUUUGGCAUAUUCCAUUAAGCUUUAUUGGUAGUUACUUCAAACAGAGAUGACUAGUUGAUAAAUAGUGAUAAAUAAUAUCAUAUUGUUGAAUAUCAAGAUGAUAGCAAAGUUAAGGGUUACUAAAUUAAUUUAAAAAAUAAACAUAAUGCACACUUCUUAAAAGAUUUGAAUAAAUUUGAGGAUGAAGAAUUUAUUUGGGAGAAAAUCUCAUUAAAGAAAUAGUUUGAUAUUGAUACAUUAGAUCUCACAGUCUUUCAAAUUAUGGAUAGAAUGCAAAAUAUUGCAUAUUUAAGGGGAUCUUAUAAUCUUCUUACAAACAACUGUUAAGAUGUAGCAAAUUAAUUGACUGAAUAACUAUUGCUGGAAAACAUAUCUAACAAAAAUGUGGUAUUUCUAGCAUUGACUGAAAAAUAAAGUUACUAUGAGGAAGGAGAAUCACAAUCUCAUUCAGCGUUAUUGGUCGUUACUAAUUAUUCUAAUAAUGGGUCAUAACCAGAAGAUUAAAAAUAUUAUAUUAUUGAAUAUCUAAAAGAUGGAAAAAUAAAAGCUUAUCAGUUUUAUAUAAAGAAUUAACCUUAAAACCUAGAGAAUUUAAAUUAAUUUAAUAAUGGGAGAAAUUUUUGGUAAACAAAGGCAAAAAUUUGUAAAUUUUACAUCUAAUAAACAGUGUCUAACAUUAUUGAUUAAAUGAAUAAUAUAAAUUAUGAUAAUGUUAAGAAUGAAAAUAAUAGUUAUCGUAUAGCAAAGUAUACAUUUGAUCAAAUGAAUUAAAUUUAAGAAUAAGAAAGAUAAAGAUAAAGUAGUGAAUUUGAUUGUAAGGAAGGUUUACAAAAGUUUUGGGAAAUAUUGAAAAUAGUAAUAAUGGUAUUUGCUAUUUGCCAAACUUAUAAUUUUUUUAUUAUGACAAAAACCUUUCUUUUGAGUUGA